UGAUGCCUUUGUCGCCGGCCGGCCGGACAGACCCCAGCCAGCCAGCCAGCAGUGAGACGUUAGUCAGUCAGUCAUGAGAAGGGCCUCGACAGAGCCAACACGGACAGACCAUCAUCAAGCCAGCCAGCCCUGGACCAAAUAUACCCCCACACGCACACAGAGAUAUCAAUGCAUCGGUGCUGUGUAAGUUCGUCCCACCCACACCACCCACACAGCAAGGCCCACUACCUACUCUCAGCUGACUGGCCGGCGAUGUGUUCAUGACCCGUACUUCUGUGGACGAAUGGACACUUCUCGAUGAUGUGUGUAUGAAUGUACGAUUUCAAAGAUAUCUGUAGACACACCCGUCCGUCCGUCUGUCUGUCUGUUGGGCCAGCGAGCGCAGAACAUACGGCAUGCAGGUCACUCAAUCAGUCAGUGCAUGUAGGUAGAUGUCCAGACACACAUACAGACAUCCAUCCAUCCAUCCAGACAGACAGACAGACAGAUGUCUUGACGUCCUUGUGUUAUAUGUGUGUGUGUGAUCGAAAGAAUCAAUGCAGUCGUAUAUAUCAAAGUGCCCGGCUCACACAAGUUUACUCAUCAAGGCGUGUGUCAUGAGUGUCCAAACGAUGUGAAUGCAUACACCACAUUGACAAAGUCAUCGGCCUCCCUCCCCCCCGGCCUCCAUCUCUUACGAACACAUGCCAACGAACCAACGAACUAAGACAUACACACAAGUCAUGUCGUCAGAUGAACCGCAUGGCCGCGACGGUGCGGGCGCUCUCCCCGACCUCUCCUCUCCUUUCUGCGCCUCGUGCGCCGCUCAAUGGAGGACCAUCGCUGCCCGUCUGCAGACACAGGCACGCAAAGAGGGACGGACGCACACACACAUGUUCACAGAAAGAGUUGCGUGUUGUCUCGAUGUGUUGUGAGUGGUGUUUCUUUCUUUCUCACGAUGAGGUCGAGAAGGAAUGUCUUUUGUAUGAGUGCCUCCAUCCGCUGCUUGUGGCGCGACACGUAAGACAGGUACGUCGACGCAAACUGGGGGAACCCGGGCACCUUGAUCAGGAAAUCAGGACUGACACACACAAAUACAACACACACGAAGCUCGACUCGACUCGACUUCACAGACACCGACACUUGUCUCUCUGUCGCUCACGUGAAUGCGAGGAGUAUUUGGUUGGUGAUGGCGGACGCUAGCCCAGCGGCCUUGGCAUUGGUGCUCCACUCGCCCAGCAUCUCCAGGAAGGUCGCUAUGUCGUGCGACGGCCACUCACGGAUCAUCUCCUGAAGCAUGCUCCGCAAACCAGCCGAUUCAGUACCGCCAUCUGCCUCUGGGCCGGCGGGCUGAUCAGCCAUCGGCUCGUCCUCAUCACCACCUGUCCCAUCAGCCAUGUCUUGGUCUGCCGGCCGCCGUGGUGGUGCCUCGCUCUCGUCUUGUGUGGCGCGGUGGCGAUUGAUGGCUGUGUGUUGUGCCCGCUGGAUGUUGGCGGUGAGUCGUCUGGUGGCCUCCUUCUCGAGCAGCCGUCGUGCUUGUGCGGUGCGGUUGAGCUGGACGGCGAUGAGGAGGGCCUCGAGUGUGCGGCCCUGCUGCUCCAGAGUCUGCAGACGGGUCUCCUGCAAAGCCGCCUCACUCGCCUCCUCCUGACAUACACACACACACACACGCAUGCAUGCAGAAAGCGAGUGAGAUGCACGGAGGGCGUCUGUUGCUGGUUCCCCAUUUCUGUCUGUCUGUCUGACUGACCCGUUUCUGCUCUGCCUCCUCUUCGGUGUCGUCCCUCCAUAUGACGAUCUUCGAGUCCGCCCCGCCAGUCACCAUCACAUCCUCACGCAAAUCCAUGCACCAUACCUGCCACACACACAUACAGACAUACACGUGUGUGUGUGGUGAUGCAGUCAAUGGGGCGGUGCGUGCGUGUGGCCCGGCCGACCUUGUCUUCGUGUUGGUCGAAAGUGGCGUUGCACUCGGUGGUGCGGACGUUCCACAGCUUGACGAGGCCGUCGGUGCCGCACGUCAUGAUCUGCAGGCCCCCAGACAGGAACGACACACGCAACACGCCAUGCGGAGACUCGUGGCCCUGAGUCAUAUGAAACACACGACACACAGAGAGAAUGUCAAAACAUAGCGAGACGGAGGAAGAUACUCUGUGCGUGUGUGUGUGUGUCUGUGUCAUCCACCUGGAAUGUUUUGACACAAGUGUAGUCCUUGAGGUUCCAUAUGCGGGCUGUCCCAUCGCCAGAUGCUGACGCAAGCACCUGCAACAUCCAGUGAACAUCACACGGGUUGUUGCUGUGUGUGUUGUGUGUGUGUGUGUGUGUGGCGGUGACCCUGUCGACAGGUGAGAAGCAGAUGUUCCAGACGGUCUUGCGGUGGCCCCUCGACACACCCAGCAAACGACACUCCGGGAAGCUGUAGUACUGACAGACAGACACGUGUAUGAGUACAAAAAUACAGAGGGUCUCAAUGAUGGCGUACAGUGCAGGAAUGUACAUACAUGUGUGUCAAGGCACCCACCUUGAUUUCCUUAUCCCGCCCUGCUGUUGCGGCGACCUGGGGGCACCGCAGCCAUACAGCGAGUUCCCUUCUGAAUGCAUUCUUCUUUCCCUCUUACGGUACCUGAUUGUUGGGGGCAAUAGCGACAUCGUUGACGGCCUUCUGAUGCGCCACCACCGACAGGGCUGCACGAGACACCUUCAGCGGACCGGCCCCCGACCCGCCUGCCCGUGCUUGAACGUCCUUGAGGGGCAGCGCCCACACUUUGAGGGUCUGGUCGUCGCUGACCGACACCAGCCGCAGCGUGUCACCGAUGUUCUUGCCAUCCGAACCCAACCUUCAUACAACACACACAGACCGAGACGAUUGCACCCAUCUGGCGGUGGGCUGUUAUCUCGUGACGUGUGUGUAUCUGAGUACUCACUUGGGUGGGAAUGCGAGUGCGUUGACGGGCCCGCCGUGUCCGGUGAGUACGGCCACACAGGCAGCCUUCACCCCGCCCCCCUCCACAUCCACACUCCACAACCGCACCUCGCCGUCCUUCCCACCUGUCGCCAACCAACGCACUGGAACGGACAGCAUCGAAUUAACAGAAAGACAGACAUGUAUGCGCAUGGGUGGGGGCUGGGUCACUUGUGUACCGUCUGGCGCAACGGCGACAGUCCACACGAUGGUGGUAUGUCCGACAAGAGGCGUGACAUCGAAGCUGCCGAGGUUCAUGAUCUUGGCCUGCUCGUCGUUGGUCACGCACACGCAGUGAAUGUGGUCCAGCUGUUGCGAGAGGGGCGAGGGUGACGUGUGUGGCUUGAGGGGCACCAUCAGCCGACAGGCGAGUAUCUCUCCGCAGUGUGCCAUGAGCUGCUUGACGGGGGCCAGGUGCGGCCAGGACCAGACGAUGACAUUGAGGUCCUGGCCGACGGUGAGCAGGUGGCGGGCAUCGAGACGCAACAGAUGGGUCAUCGCACCACCUGAUGCAUGACCACCGGGCACCUCCUGAGCGAGCCGCCCCCAUUUCACACGCACACACACACGUGUGAGGGCAUGUAUGCAUGUCUGUUUGUCGGCCUCCGUCUCACCUUGACGCAUGUGGCUUUGGUGGGGUUCCACAGCUUGAGUGUGCCGCCGUCCCCCACACUGACCACGACCCACUCAGUCUCCUCCACACCCUCCAUGACCCACCCGUGCUCCUCGCCCCCACCUUCAUUUUCACCUCCAUCAACAUGCUCGCGCUUGCCCCUCCUCCGUGACUUGGGCGGCUUCUGCGGCGGGGCGCGUGUGGGCAUGGCGACGGCGGCCUCGUUGAGCUCAUAAGUGGGGAUGUCUUUGGCGCGGCGGUAGGUGAGUGGCUGUGUGUGCUCCUGCCACACGAGGAUGGUGCGGUCGCGUGCAGCCGUCACCAGAUAGAGGGCGGAGCCGGACGUCUGGGGUGAGGGGUGGUGGAAGUCCAGCGAUGCGAUGGAGCUCAGGUGACCCUCCAGCACACCAUACUGCCUGACAGACGGAGAAACAGAGACAGAAAGGACGGCAGGCAGGCAUGAAGACCGGCAGAAGAAGCACGCAUUCACGUGUUCUGUGUUCCUUCAUGCCCCCGUCCUCACUGUUCCCUUCCUCCUUGGCUCACUCACCUGUUUUGGUGGAGGUCCCAUAUGCGAAUGUGUCCGCCGCUGUCGGCAGAGAAGACCACCUGACGGGAGGGAUGGAACCUGCAGGCAGGCAGGCAGUAAGUCAGCGCAGCACACUACGAAGACUCAGCAGCACAGCCCUUUCACUGACUCACCUGACAAGAUCGACCCCGUUGUCAUGCCCCGUGAAGUUGUGCGUGCAGAAACCACCGCUGAUGUCCCACACCUGACCACACAGACAGACAGACAGACAGGCGGAGGGAGGGAGGCGUUCAUGCCCUCUCGAUCUUUCCCAUGGGCAUGCUCACUCACCCUGACUGUUGCGUCUGUUGCUCCUGUGGCCACAUGAGUGCCCUUGGGACUCACACACAUCGCACUGAUGUACGAGUCAUGGCCCUGACACACACACACACACACACACACAGAGAGAGAGAGAGAGAAUCCUUCCAGUCAGAUCCACCCACCGCCCUCUCUCGCCUGCCUACCCUCCAUGAGCGUAUGAGUGUGCUUGUCCAUCCUCCUCCGGUCUUGUCCUUCGCCGCGCUCCAGUGCCGAAUCAACAGACUCCUGCACGCACCAAUGACGCCCACCUCACCGGCCCUCUUGCCGUCGCCCCACACGUCAAAUGUUAGGACGUCAUCGCCCUCAGCCUGCAGGGUGAAGAGCGGCCUGGCAGUGGACAGAUCCACACCUACUACGCUGCCCGAAUGCUGACACACAAGCACGCCAGCAUGCUCGCAGUAGCGAACGGCGCCGCCGGAGUAGAAGCUGUGGUGGCUGCGGACGGGCUGCCAGAGAGACGAGAGCUGCUGCUGACUCAUCACCGCCUCCUCAUACCCCUUCACACGGGAUGAACGCGGGAGAACCUCGUCGUCGUCACGGAUCGUCGUUGAAAAUGGUGCGACACG